CCGCCAUCGCCUGUUGACAAACUCUCCUUCCACAACUCACAUUAUCAACCACGACCAAGGGACAGACAUCACGGCCUCCAAAAUGAGAUUUCGAGUUGUCCUGACUGGUGCUGCCGCCCUUGCCAGUGGCGUCGCUGCCGGCCCUAGCUUUAACCCCCACAAGAUCCGUCAGGGCCUCAACAAGAGGGAUGGAGUCGACAUCGUCAACACCGAGGCCAAGGAUACUGUCCUCCAAACUCGCGAAUGCGACAUCGUCUGCCCCCUUAGCAAGCUCUGGUGCGAGUAUCACCCUUACAACUACCGCUGCGACAGCUCCGGCAAGCUACGCUACGAUCAGCGCCACACCGACUGUGAGAAUGCCUCCUGGGGCUGUACCUGCGGCUGCGACUGGCGCGUUCCUGGCAUUGAGUCCGUGGAGGAGACGAAGAAGGCUUAGGAGUAUCAUGAAUGGAAGCCACAGAGAUGAUGAUUAUUGGGAAGCAUGACAGAUGCGGUAUCUUGGGUGUGCAUCACCAGGACCAGUCAAAUUCGGG